CCAUCGACUCCUAUCAUCGCUAGUAACAAGGCGCCCCCGCCUUGCGCGUCAGUGCUGCGAGUACUUGUCUGCCAUGACCACCGUCGCCUUCCUCACCUACGCGGCCGAUCCCGAGCUCAACAAGUCCGAUGCCGCCAUUGCGGCCGCACUCGCGGACUUCGACAUCGUCGUCGAGCCCGUGCCGUGGCGGGACCUUGCCUCUGCCUCCCCGCUGCCCGCCAUGGCUGUCAUCCGCUCCACCUGGGACUAUCACCUGGCCGGCACUGACGCGUUUGUCGCUGCGCUGACCUCGGCCGCCGUCCCGGUCUUCUCGCCGCCGGCGCUUGUGGUGUGGAACGCGAACAAGGCGCUCUACCUCCCCGCCCUUGCUGACGCGGGCGUGGCUAUUGUGCCGACGGUGGUGGCCGAGGCGAGCAUGACCCUGGCCGACGCUGUCGAGCAGCUCGGCACCGGCCUCCCGGUCGUGGCCAAGCCGGCGGUCUCGGCCUCGGCACGCAACACCUUCCGCAUCGAGUCGCAGGACGAUCUGGUGGCGGCGGCGGGAGUGGUCGACGCCGAUCCGGCCGCCUAUCUCGUCCAACCGUUUAUGGACGAGAUUGUGACUGCCGGCGAGUGGUCACUCGUCGCGUGUGACGAUGUCGUCGCCUAUGCUGCGGUCAAGACUCCCAAAUCGGGCGACUUUCGGGUCCAGGAGGAGCACGGCGGCUCGACCUCGAUCGUACUCUGCGACAAUCUGCCCAACGGCCUCGUCGACGCCGCGCACCGCGUUCUCGCGGCAGCCCAUGCCGCCUCGGGCGUCGCCGAUCCGUUCCUCUACGCACGCAUCGACGGCGUUGUCUCGGCCGAGACCGGCGAGUUCAUUCUCAUGGAGCUCGAGCUCAUCGAGCCGUACCUCUUUGUUGCUGAAGCUGCCGCCGCUCAAUCCGCCGCCCCCACCCCCGUCCCCGCCCAUCAAUCUGCGCCCGCUGUCUUUGCCGCCGCCAUCGCCGCCCGCCUGGGUGCCCAUGAUGCCGCCGCCCUCUAA